AUGGUUUCCGGCUUUGGACCCUCCCCGUGUGAGGUGAUCCUCCAUCUAGCAUCUGAUGUGGUAUGGAUAUCGCCGCCGAAUGCGGCAACGCCGAACGAGGACCAGACGAUGGAUGGCGUCGUGGAAAUUGAAUGCCCCUCUGACCGCGUCAUUCAUGGCCUGCAAGUCGCAUUCAAAGGCACACAAGUCGUGGGUAUGCCCACGUCAGGGACAUUUAAAGACCGAAGUGCGCUGCGUUGGGAAGAGCACGUCGCAAUUGACCGUGUCCUAAAAUUUGAACCACACGACUCCGAUAUCGAGAUGAUACCCAGCGGAAGCACUGCGCGCUCAAAAUCACUGAAAGAACGAAUUGUAAAAAAAAGUACAUCGUCCAAUGAUGCACAAGCUGAAGGCGGCAUCUUUUUGAGCCGCGGCGUGCAUGAUUUCGAAUUUCACCUUAUUAUCCCUGCAUGGACCGCGCCGUAUGAGCGAUGCAAGUACGGCCGCACAAAAUUCCACGUCACGGCCGUGGCAUCCGGUGCAGGCAAGAACGGCACAAAUGCUGUUGCGACACGCGAAGCGUUUGUCGUGCAGAUCCAGACACCCGACGGCGGGCCAUACGGGCUGGAAAUGCAUUACAACGACGUGCACGAAGCGCUGGGGCAGAUAAGUAUCGGACUUGCAUGCACCUCUCUCACUGUUGGAGGGAUCGUCAAUCUCUCUGUGAUACACCCCAACCCGCCGCCAAGCAUUAACGUACACAUGAUCCGCCUUUUUAUCGAGCAAAAAUACGAGCUGUACAACCACGCUACCGAAACAUGGAUCCAAGCGCCACUGGAUAAGUUGCGGGUGUGGGAAAUAGGCUCGCUGCAGCGCAGCAGUAAUGCGCUGGACCAGGGUACUAACACUGUGAUGUCUCGCGAAGGUGUGCUUACUGCCGUAGGUGUACAAGAAGGGACGCGCCUCGGUAUUGCAGCUGAGCGUGCAUUCCCUGACGUACGUCCAUUGAGUGCAUCACUUGACGUGGACGACCGUGCAUUGGAUGAGAUUUCCAAUCCAGGUACGCAUGGAUACCGUAUCAAAACCGUGGUGCGACUGCCGGAUGACAACCGACUGCGGCCUACAACCAUGCGUGGCACAAGAACGCACAUUCGAAUUACGCAUGAAAUGGGAACAGAAUUGUUUUUCUCGCGCCCCCACGUCCUUGACGACCGGCCAGAGAGCGAGUUUUUUGGGCAACUUAAAGUCCAAGUCUUUUCCAUGGCAAAACCAGUCGCAAUCCCUUCCUGUGCAUUUACCUACGACUCCAUUCAUCUUCCGCCUUACUCGCAAGAAUCGCCAUUGGUGUCUGUCCCUCCUAGCCCUGGCCCUGUGCAGAAAAGUGCGCAUUCCAACGUACAUCUUCCACGCCCUACGCAACCAAAUGGACAAGCCGGCACGCUCGCGAGCGAUCGGGAAUGGAGCAGGCUAGUCCACUCUUUGACAAAUUCGGUGAAUGCGUCAUCGAUUCGCACGGUCGCUUUUACGCCUAGCCGCGAGCCUUCUCCGCCCGCGACACGAUUUGGCUUUCUAUCACGCAACAGUCCGCGCCCCAGCUCGCGUCCAGGCUCACGUCCAGGCUCGCGUCCAGGCUCUCGCGCGCCAAGUCCUCCCAUGAUGGAAGCGACGUCCGGUACAAAAAGCCCUGUGGUGCCUGUCUACCGACCCAACGACGGCCAGCCGCGUUGGGCUGGCUUGCAAGGGCUGAGACCGUCAGAGGAACGCGAAGCGCCGCGCAACCUUCUCCAAGGCUCGCCGUGGGCCAUCUCUCAUUUGCCGCACCGCAGCGGCGAAGCGCACGAAUUGUGCAAUUGCGGGCAGUCCACUGAGACCUUAAUCGAGGCCGAGGAACGAUUUCUGGAAGGCGCGCCGACCGCACCCGGCGCAUGGGUCAAUACAAUUCCCACGAAUGCCCACUUGCCGCCGUGGACGCCAUCUUCGCGUCCCACAAGCCCAAGCCGCGAAUGGCGACCUUCUUACCAGUCGCAACAAUCUUUUUCGAGCAAGCCGUCGAGCACAGCGCCUACCUUGACUAAGAUUAGAAACUAA